CACAGACCCCAGUAAAUUCCCAGAUGGCACAAUAGAGGAAAUCUUCAACUAUUGCCGCAACCCUGAUAACGAGCCGGAAGGUCCUUGGUGUUAUACAACAGACAGAGACACUAGAUGGGAGUACUGUAAUGUACAACCGUGUGAUAUAUACAAGAGCACAACAGUCAUCCCCCCAACUUCAACAACCAGGAAACCAAAGACCACAUUAGCACCAGGAACUUGUCCAAAUAAGAUAGGAAGAGAUCCAACAGAUCUUCCACGUCGAGGUGGAAACUGGGCCCACCUAAUGCUCUCCAAUAGUUUCCCUUGCGAUGGUGUCAUCACCGGGAUCCAAUACUUCCGCAGCGAUCCUGACAGUAUUGCAUUCUUCGGUGUGUGGCGCCCCCUGGGAGGAAGAGUGUUUAGAGUUGUCAAGAAGAUCACGCUUGGGCCGAGUGCACCUGGAUUUGUCACUGUACAACUUAGUUCAGAUAUUCCAGUGAUUAUUGGCGACUUCUUAGGAAUUCACUACAGGAAAACAGAGACAAACCCGGCCAUACCCAACUCUAGAGGGAAAGAUGGUGUUGUAUCAGAUGAUGAGCUCUUUACCACUAUCAACCUCCCAUUGUAUGAUGAAAGUAUCACUGAAGGCCAGGACAUUAACAUUGGGCCCACUGGAAGAAUGAAGAGUACAUUUGCUCUGUCAGCAAACUUCAGAGGCAAUCCAUUCACCCCUUCAUUGUCUCCGCCUAUGACGACCGCAUCCCCCAGCACCCUAGCAACCACAACAAGUGGACCCAUUAGUGGGGCUUGUAAGUUCUCAGAAAUGGGCACUGAGUACAGAGGCACUCUCAGUCAGACUUGGUCUGGCAAGUCAUGUCAACGCUGGGAUUCUCAAUCACCCUGGUCCCACACACCUUAUAAAGGAAGUCAGUUCCCAGAAGGGUCAGUAUCAGGUGCAAACAACUAUUGCCGUAACCCUGACAAUGAACAAUUUGGUCCAUGGUGCUUCACAACUGAUCCUGCCACUAGAUGGGAGUACUGCUCUGUCCCCUUCUGUGAUUGUAAGAUGACGCCACUGGGUAAGAUGUACAGAGGGAGCCUCAGUACUUCUGUUUCGGGUUAUACUUGUCAAGAGUGGGACAGGCAGAUACCUAACCCCCACCCUGUAUUCAAAAAUGAAGACUUCCCAGACAGGACAGUCAAAGAGGCUGGUAACUACUGCAGGAAUCCCACAAACGAGCCUGGUGGUCCUUGGUGUUAUAUCGAUGAUCCUAAAGCGGAUACAACAUCUUGGGAAUACUGUCUUCUUGACUAUUGCGAUUGCAAACUGGACAACAUUGGAAGUGAUUACCAGGGUACCAUAUCACAAACAGCAGAUGGCAUUCAAUGUCAGCACUGGGAUUCGCAGACACCUCACUCCCACCCCGUCUUUGACGCCAGCCAAUUUCCAGACUCAACAGUGAAAGAGGCUUCCAACUAUUGUAGGAACCCUACAGGGAUUAUAACUGGGCCAUGGUGCUACACUAUGAACCCCAAUGUAGUAUCAGCAGUGUGUGAUAUACCAUCUUGUGGUGUGACUAUACCCACCACCCCAGGGCCAUCCACAACACCCACAACCCCCCAGAUCACCACCCCCAAGUAUGGACCCCAGGAAGAGUGCAAGUAUUCCCAUAUGGGCAAAGAAUACAUGGGCAGCUUCUCUAAGACCAGCAGUGG